GUGUGUACGGAUCAGCCGUGUGUUAGAUCUAACAAUUUGUCUUUCGUUUUCUUUCGUUUUAUGUGUUAUAAUGAUAAAUAACACGAUAUUUUACUUCGACGGUAAAUUUUAUAAGGUCGUGUGAUAUUUUCGUAUUUAGGACUGACGAGAAAGUAUGAAUUUAAAUUUCGAAAUUCGAUAAGUUUAGUACAGGGAAAUAAACAUUGGCGAAAAGAGGCAAAAGCUGCCUAAAGCAUACUAAAGACAGUGUUUUGACGAAAGCUCAGACAAUAAACAAAUAUCGCAACGUCACAUUCCGCGAUAUCAAUUAAAGAAGACUGAUUUUUAUUAGAAUACGAACAUUCCUCGAAUGAUGUUAUAGAAACGUAUAGAAGUAAAUCAAAAUGUUCAAGUUACUCGGAGGUCUGAGCGUGUACUUCAAGUACCAGCCGGUGAAGACUGACAAUGCCGUGUUUAGGCUGCACAAUGUGUUCACGACGGUGCUGCUGCUGACCUGCUCGGUGAUCAUCACGGCGACCCAAUAUGUCGGACAGCCCAUACAGUGCAUCGUUGGCGGGGGACUUCCAGCGAAUGUCGUGAACACUUUCUGCUGGAUCACUUCGACAUUUACUAUGCCGGAUGCCUUCGCGAGAGAGGCAGGCAAAGAGGUCGCACACCCUGGUAUUAUGAACGAGUAUGACAGCUCACAAGAGAAGAAGUACUACACGUACUAUCAGUGGGUGUGCUUCGUGCUCUUCUUCCAGGCUAUAAUGUGUUACACGCCCAAGUAUUUGUGGGACGCGUUCGAGGGCGGACUCCUGCGAACUAUCGUUAUGGGGUUGAACAUUGGCGUCUGUCAUGCCGAAGAGAAAGAGAAGAAGAAGGAAGUCAUCAUCAACUACCUCAUCAGACACGAAAGGACGCACAAACUCUACGCGUUAAGAUACUGGGGCUGUGAGUUGCUGUGCCUCAUCAACAUCGUCCUACAGUUGUGGAUGAUGGACGCCUUCUUCAACGGCGAGUUCUUCUCAUACGGUACUCGCGUUCUAGGAUACAGUGAGGUGCCGCAGGAAGAGAGAUACGAUCCAAUGAUCUACGUGUUCCCACGCGUCACAAAAUGCACCUUCCACAAGUAUGGUGCGUCCGGUACCAUUCAGACGCACGACUCACUCUGCAUCUUGCCUCUGAACAUCGUCAACGAGAAGACUUACAUAUUCCUCUGGUUUUGGUACAUCAUAUUGGCGGUCAUUCUCGUACUGCUCGUUAUAUACAGACUGAUAAUAAUCUUCGUGCCGUCGGUGCGGCCGCGCCUGCUGCACGCGCGCGCGCGCACCAUCGCCAUGGAGGCCGCCGUGCUCGUGUCGCAGCGCACCGACGUGGGCGACUGGUGGCUGCUCUACAUGCUCGCGCGGAACAUGGACCCGCUCAUAUACAGAGAGCUAAUCUCGGAACUCAUUAAGCGAAUGGGGGAGAAGAGCGGAUCCCGCGCGUGACAACCACCUAAAUUUACCGCCAUCGCCAUCGUCGGCGACUGACAAUGUCUCACAAGUUUGUAUAUAACGUAUAUUAUUCAAUAUCCAGCUUCAUCCGGAGUAUUAGCUAUACUUUAUUAUAAAUACACCAUGAGCGAUGAGUGUAACAUUACACUUGGAUCAUUUGUGUAUAAAAUAAAACGUCCUACGUGCGAUAGUCCAUCAUUGGAUGAUUAUGACAAAAAUAUCACUUCCUUGUAAAAUGUAACUUAUAAGACUUCAAUAUAUUAAAAAAAAUAUCAUUUUGAAAUGUACCCGAUGGUGGUGUAUACGCUUAGUAGUUUAUGAGCCGAUGUGUAACCGAUUACACUUGGAUCAUUUAAAACACUAUGAACCAAAAUGUGAUCCACUUUCAAAUUAUUUCUUCAACUUACCCUACCGAACAGUCGUAGUGGUAUAUAAUGCAAAAAAAUAACUUUUAAAAGAUUUUUUACUUUAAUGUGACAAUACAAUAAAGUAUAAUAGAAUGAUUCUUGAAUAAUUGACAUAAGAUUAACUGUUUUAAUACUAUUAUGUAAAGAAAAAGUGCCGAUUCGAUUUGUCAAGUUUGACAGAACUAGAACACUUGCUAUCCCUUUUAAACACCAUCAGACGAGAAAGAGACAGCAAUUAUUUAGUCUUGUCAAGUUUGUUAACAUAUUGUGUAUCAUAAAAUCGUAAAUACAUAUUAUGAAAAUGUAUUAAUAUUGCAUGUAAAGUGAUAUGACUUUUCGUUCGUAAUGUUUGAUUAUACUAUACGGUGAUUAAAUGUCAGGACGAUUAAUCAAACUUUAAAUUAAUACAUGCGCUCGCGCAGAUUCUUAAGUCAAUUCUAAAUGAGUUCGUACAGACCACUGAUAUAAGCAAUGAGGUGCUAUCUCUAGAUAAAUAGUAAAAAUGUCUCACGGUGAAAUUGUUUUUUUUUUUUAUUUUUAUUAAUACAUAUGUAUUUAUAAAAAAGUAGAUCAAUAAAUUCGUUUAAAUACAAAAUUAUAACUUUAUAUCAGUCCUUUUCUAGACAUAUUGUCAGUUUCAAAAAAUAAUUUGUCUAGAGAUAAAACAUCAUCGCUUCUGCUAUCGUUACUAAAUUAUAAUCAAAGCAAUAUCUUCAAUAGAAGUAUUAAAUUCAAAUUAAAUGUUCCUAGCCAUUUUAAAAAUAGACAUUUCAAAUUCAGCCGAUGUAUUGUUUUAUAAUAAUAAAGAAUCUUAUUAAUCCUAUGUGCUAUCAGCACGAUAUGAAAACUAAGGCCUUUGAUAUUAUUAGAUAUUAGUUAUAUUAAGUAGAACAUAAGAGAACAUAAGUUAACAUUCACUGCCAUUGUUAAAAUGUUUCCAAGUCGAAGAGUUAGUCUUAAGAUAUGUCUUAAAAUAUAUUAUUUUUUAAUAAAAUGAACUCACGAUGAUAAGGCUGUCAAAUACUGCAGAACUAAAACUCAUUAUUAUCUUGAACUGAAUUUGAACUAUGAAAAUGUACCGUACGCAUAAAAAAGUAAAAAAAAGCCGAGUGCUCUUAUCACGUGGCUUCGCUUCGAGGUUUGCAGUAAAUGACUAAAAAAUGAUAUUGUGGGUUAAUUUUAUUAAUAGGGAAGCCUUCUUAAACCACGUUGUAUAUCUUAUACCUCUCUACCAUUCAUAUUUAAAGAGAUCUUAUUCCUUCCACACUCCCAAGUUACACUACACUUGUUUAAUUUAAGAACGCCUAGUUCUCUAGCCUUCCUAGAACCUCCAAGAGAGACCUCAUCCAUCAUCAUGCAGCCUAGUUUCCCAGAUCACGUAGUUUACGAACGCUUCCCGAGUAUUGUAGAGAUGCUAGUUCGUACCAGAUGUUCGGUACACUAUGAAUCAUUUUUAUACGAAACAAUAAAAAUAUGAUGAUUGAAUUGUAAAUAAAUAUUUCCAAUUACUCAUGGAUUCCAUGACACUUCUAAUAGCAGAUUUUUUUUUGCGAUUUUUUUAUAAACUUAUAAAGUUGUGUGACUAAUUAGUAUUGUAUCUAAAAAAAUACAGUUUGGAUUACAAUUUGAUUAUUUUAAUUAAUCAAGCGUGAUUUUUAUUAAAUUUAUUUUAAAAGUUAUAUUUAAAUUAUAUUUAAACGUAUUGUCUAUCUCUGUUAUUAUAGUGACUUUACCUAAUCUCUUUCUCUUUCACAAUAUUCAUACGUGUAAAAGAGACGAAAACAAGUCGAUCUGUUUCUAUUCGAAUAUAAUAAUUGCAUGUCUUAAAUGAAGGUUGUAAUUAGAUUAACGUCUAUUAAAGUAUUUGUAUAUGUAAAGUUCGCAAAUUUUGAGGGACCUGAUAUUUUAUUCGAUUUUAUUUCCAUGAGAUAAAUUAAAUAAUUAAAUAUUUGCAGUGUUGCCAUUUACGAUACCAAUUACCAACGACUUGCAAUAAGGCCUCGAGAUAUAUUUAAAUGUUUAUGAGAUUUGGUGUUAUGUAUUUAAUGUAACAAUCGUGUAUUGUUUUAUUUAAAAAUAAUGUCAUAGUAAGUAACAAAGGUUUGUUAAUUUUGACGUUAAACUUAUGUGGUCGCGACGUGUACAAAGUGUGUUCGUUUAAAAAAAAAAAACCCAUAACAAGUAUGGGCUGUAUACGUUUGAGUCUUUUGAAACUAAAUUUCAACUUCUGAAGAUGUUUUAGUGAUAAUUAUACUAUAUAGUAUCUUUAGAAGUUAUAAUUUAAAUGAAAUUAAUGUUCGCAAACUUUUUUGCCAUAAUGACAUAAAAUUAACCAGAACAUAUAAGCCUCAUCUUUAUUGGUUGGUGUUAUCACUAAAUCGCGCCUUGCGUAGUCGUUGGUAAUAUAAUUUUUAAUUACUAUUAUUAUGUAAUGUGAAUUAGAUCUGUAAAGUUUUCCGUUUGAUAUUAAAAGUUUGAUUCUCAGUACAAAGAAUAUACUGAGAAUCUAUUUGGUUAUAAGCUUAGCAUGUUUUAUAUGUAUACAAUGAGUUUGAAUAUUUCUUGUCCCGUUUCAAAUAAAGUUAAAACAGUACAAAUAUAUUUUUAUCAAUACAUCUAUAUAAAUUUUAAUGUGUGAUGGUUGUAUUAUAUUCGUUUUUAAAAUGGGUGAUCGCUUAGCGUUUUAUUAUUUCCAUAUAGUUUUUUAACGAAUUCGCUAGCGAAUAUUUAAAAAUACUGUUUUGCUUUUUUUGAAAUAGGGUCACCAGUAAAUCUCCUUUAAAAGUCUCGUAACCUUUUUAAUAUUUUUUAAGCCUACAUUACAAUAAGAAAUAUUUGUGAAUUAUAAAGACCUCAAUUUUUUGUUUUGUAAUAUAAAUAGCGUGUGCCAAUAACAUGUUUUUUGAAUAAGUUUUUUAAAAAAGACAUUUAUAAUUAAGCUUCAUAUUAAAGUUAGUUUUGUAACAUGUAUUCGUCUCUCAGAAUUAUUUUGUUCCGUAUUUGUUUAGAAAUAAUUUAAUUACAUGUAUUUAGA